UUGGCUUUCAGCUAAACCGGAGGGCUGCAGCAGGCAGCAGUAGGUGGUGAUGUAAUAGGUACCAACGCACAUGGAUAUAUAAAUAUCGUGGCCAGGGCUAAAGCGCUAUGGCUGAGCUGCUAUAGAAGAAGAUCAGCACUUCAGACAAGACUCCUGGAGUUGAGAUCAAGUUCAGAAGCUCUUGCUCCCGGGAUUUCCUCUCCAUGCAGCCAGCCCAGGGAAACCGCAGAUCCUCGGGGGACUGAGCGCGGGGCUCCCUCCCUCCCCCUCGCCUCGCUUUUUGGUUUUGUUUUAUUUUGUUUUGGUUUUUUGUUGGUUUCCUUUUUUUUUUUUUUUUCUCCCCCCCUUUGACCUCAGUAUAAAGUGGGAGCUGGGGGGCGAGCGUAUUUUCGGAGCGAGCGGCCGCCGGCCCGUAGCUACGCUCCCUUAAGCCGGGAUGCCUCUCCCCGCGGCGCUGCUGCCGGCUCUGCUCCUGGGGCUGCUGUGGCCGGGGGCGGUACGCGGCCGGCCCCCCCCGGGUCGCCUCCCCGCCGGGCCCCGCCAGCGCCGUUGGGACGCGGCUCUUUUCGCCCGUUCCGUCGCUCGACUCCCGGCCGAACGCCGCGACGCCGCCCGCGACGGCGACUACCUCCUGGGUAUCAAACGGUUGAGGCGCCUCUACUGCAACGUGGGCAUCGGUUUCCACAUCCAGGUGCUGCCCGACGGUCGCAUCGACGGGAUCCACAGCGAGAAUCAAUACAGUCUGCUGGAAAUCUCCCCCGUGGAAAGAGGAGUGGUGAGCAUAUUUGGAGUUAGAAGCGGACUCUUUGUGGCCAUGAAUAGCAAAGGCAAACUCUAUGGAUCUACCCAUUUCAAUGACGAGUGCAAAUUCAAAGAGAUUCUCCUGCCAAACAACUACAAUGCUUACGAAUCCAGGAUUUAUCCCGGGAUGUACAUAGCCCUGAGCAAAAAUGGAAGAACAAAGAAAGGCAAUAAAGUAUCUCCCACAAUGACAGUGACACAUUUUCUUCCUAGAAUCUGA